CGCUUAUUGACUCCGAGCGCUACGGCUACGUGCAAACGUGAUGGCGGAUCAGGAGUGUUUUCAAGUGAUGGUAGAGCUCUAGCUUGUUUAGCUUUUGUGCCUGUAAAAGUAGAUAUCGUUGGAGGGAGCAUAAACAACUACUUGUGAAGAGUGUUGCUGUUUGUUCAUGAUCCAAGAACAAAAUGGCUCUUAGUCAGCGUGCACCUGGUUCGUCUCUUCUCUUGUUUGAGAAGUCAGCAGCUGGUGCCGUGUUCUUAGGUUCAGGUAGGACACCCAGCCAUUCCUCAGAUUGGCCAUGCGCGAAACAGAAACUGGCAUGGGUCAAGCAGGGAGCUGUGAAUUCGUCAGCCUGUGAGCACCUCUCAAAAAAUGGUGGAGAUGGCGCGUCGUCUUGCUUGCGCACACGAGAAUACCUGAGGUGUUUACAAGCUGGACAUCACCCAAGAUUACAGCGGAAAGGGCACGGCCUAGUACACCAGCCGUCUGAUGAAGCCGCACGAGCACGGCCUUGUGCGACCAGUGGAGGAAAAAACAUCGGCCUUGACACGAAAUUUGCGAUGUAUCAAAUGCGUGCUAUGACGACGAAGAAUGUCGCGCCAGGCCUUAGUGCAGACAUGACCACUCCAAAGGGGCAUACGCAUAAGGAAAACCGAAAUCGGAUGGCAGGCAGCGGAUACUUCAAUAUGCAGGGCGCCGCAUUCACGGUACUACAAAAAAUGAGAGAAGGCGCGGCAAGGUAUAGAGGACGUGGCCAAUGACAAGUUAUGUACUCAAUAUUUGUCCACCUAGUGCGGCUGCGGUCAUCACCAUCGCGUCUUACACUCACUCUUCCUGGAACAGUACUGACUCGAUAAGGCAGGCGUGCUUAACAAUUUAAUAAUUCGAGAUGGACAGUUACUCUUACUCCUGACUGUUUUUGUUUUGAAUUUUCAGUUUGUCGGGGGAUUGGGAUUGUACUGGUUUCUGGACUACAUGUCGAAGAACAUGGCGAGAAGACAGCGUGCGGCCAUUGUAGAGCAGGAGAGCAUUGGAACACCGAAAUUGGGCGGCCCGUGGUCCCUCUACGACAGAAAUGGGAAUCUGGUAUUUAAUGAACAACGAGCGCAUUAUGGGUUAGAGCAACGCUUCUUGGUUAAUGCUGAGGAGCGUCUUUUUUUGGAUACGUAAUGGCUUCUCUAGUAGCUACUAUGUAGAGUGCUUUGUACCUAAGUCAGCAAAGCCGUGUGUCCUGUUCCAUAGUUCAAUGUCACAACGACCCCCAAUGCUGAGGCAGACUUUGAUUUUUGACUACUUCAAUAGAGAUCGAUGAAGAAUCAAGAGCGAUCUUGCGCGGGCACGAGCGAAAACUGAAAAAUAUAAACCAUGCUCUGUCCGGUUCUCUAGGUAACGGACCAUGACUUUCGUGGGAAGUAUCAGCUGAUUUAUUUCGGAUUUUCGUUUUGUCCUGAUAUAUGCCCAGAGGAGAUGGAGAAACAGGGCAUGGUGAUCGAGAAGCUUGACAAAAUGUUUGGAAAAGAUAUAGUAGAGCCCAUAUUCAUAACCGUGGAUCCAGCACGCGACACUGUCGCGCAGGUACAAACUUUUUACCUAAAUCAGAGGAGUUUAUAGAACGCAUGGUGCAUGGAGUAGCAUGGAGGGGAUGGAGCGCAGACCUCUAGGGGACGCAAGAAGCGCCCCCUUUAGCUCCAUGCACUCCAUGCCGUGCGAGCUGGCAAACCUUGUGGAUUACUCUGCUACGUAUCCGUUUUCGUUUUUCCCUGUCGUGAAGGUAAUGAACAGCGCUAAAGCUGCCGCACAUUACGAUUUAGAUCUGAUAAAUCGAGGAAUUCGUGGAUACAGGAUCCGGGCGCAAUGUUUAUAGGCCAGGCUUUGUUUGGGCGGUCAAGCAUGCAGACAACUCACAUCCCUGGGGAAAUUUUUUUUUUGUGAUCCGUAAACGCACAAAUACUAGGUUGACAGUUACUGCAGUGAAUUUCACCCGCGGCUUCGGGGUUUGACCGGCACUCCAGAGCAAGUGAAAAAGGUGACACGCGCAUUCCGCGUGUACUACAACGAAGGUAUUAGGGCAGACGGCGACGACUACCUUGUAGACCAUAGUAUCAUUCAGUACUUCAUGGACAGGAACGGGAAUUUUGUUGACUUCUUUGGAAAAAAUAUGACUGUUGGCGAAAUCGUCUCCAAAAUAGCGGCAAAAAUUCAAACGGACGAAGGAAAGUUGCAGAACAAGAAAUACUCCGCGGGGUAGAAGCGGGAGCAGGUGGCUAUUUAGAUUAUCGUUCGAAGAUAUCGACCCCACAUUUGUAACUAGUAACUUUUGUUUACGUAUGCUCUUGCGUACUAAAGCAAUUUUCAACUUGCUUCAUUACCACCAUGAGUGUAAGUUCUACUUCUACACACGAUCCAUUUUCUAAAUAUUCCUCUCGCGAAUCUUUGACUGAAAUUAGACUGCACUACUUUUGAUCCACUGUCUGAGCGUCAAUAAAUCAAAGUCGAAUUGGAGAUCUUGGCUCAUCAUGAUAAAGCAAUUGACAGCAUGAAGUUCCAAAGUGAGAUCUAAAUUAGGUAGUGACAGCGAUGCGAUCAGGACCCAAUUCUACUUAAAAAUGACACUAAGAUAAAGAUUUUGAAGCAGAGCUGCAUAACAAACAGUGCUCUUUGGUGAGAGAUCCAACCACUACCAUCUGUUCCCUACUGACAUUGAUUCCCUAGUGACUACGAGAUCGGCGUCAUAUUUUCUGCGCUGCGGACGCUAAAUUUAAAAUAAUCUACAGACCCUUGAUCCCGUGAAGACACCGAUUGAGCUGUGAGUCAUCUGA